UUUCUUUUCUCUCUCUGUCGCUGUAGUUCAUGCGUGUACGCCGUGUAUUUGCGAUUACAUAUGUAAGGUAGACAAUCGUGUAUCACUCGCGUUAAAAUCUGGCGGCGAGUCUUUUUCAGUUUUGCGCGAUCAUUUGAAAAAGUCUGAGUAAAGAGCGAGAGAUCCAGAGAGAUCGAGCGCGCGGUACGUCAGGGGUGUUGGCAAAUAAUUGAAGCCUCGCCCUGGAGCGUAAGAAGCAUUUUGACAGAUUGAACCAUCAGCGGUGUCCGCCUCCUUAAUUCCUUCGUUUGAAAUCUUCCGAUGUGAAUUUCACUUAUCUAGGAUGGCGGGAGUAUUCGACAUUGAACUGCACGACGGAGAUGCCGCGAAUCAGGACGAGUCGGAUGACGACGUGAUCGAGAAUAGAGAGGAGGAAUAUAAUCAUGCCGCAACUGUAAGCGCGAUACUAGAAUCUGAUAACUUGGAGAGGGUUCAGUUGUCAGAGCAAAAUGUGAAUCCUGGUCAAGAGAAGGCUGGUCCACAGGAUUUUGAAUUGUGCAAGAUAUUAGGAGAGGGUGGCUACGGAAAGGUCUUUCAAGUGAGAAAGGUUACUGGAAAAGAUAAAGGCAGCAUCUUUGCUAUGAAAGUACUGCGCAAAGCAUCCAUUAUACGAAAUCAGAAAGACACGGCUCAUACCAAGGCUGAGAGGAAUAUCCUGGAGGCUGUAAAACAUCCAUUUAUUGUAAACCUUAUGUAUGCGUUCCAAACUGGUGGUAAAUUAUAUCUCAUCUUGGAGUAUCUGUGUGGAGGAGAGCUUUUCACGUAUCUCGAUCGAGAGGGUAUCUUCUUAGAGGACACAGCUUGCUUCUAUCUGUCGGAAAUUAUCCUGGCGCUGCAACAUCUUCACAAUCAGGGAAUUAUAUACAGAGAUUUGAAGCCAGAGAAUAUCUUGCUGGAUGCCGAAGGUCACGUCAAGUUGACAGAUUUCGGUCUUUGCAAAGAACACAUACAAGAGGGGACAGUGACGCAUACGUUUUGCGGAACGAUAGAAUACAUGGCUCCAGAAAUUCUUACUAGGAGCGGUCACGGUAAAGCUGUGGAUUGGUGGAGUUUAGGUGCUUUGAUGUUCGACAUGCUUACAGGGAUGCCGCCGUUCACUGGUGACGACAGAAGAAAAACCAUCGAAAAGAUCUUACGGGGAAAGCUGAGUCUUCCACAAUAUCUGACGCCGGACGCCCGAGAUCUCAUUCGGAAACUCUUGAAGAGGCAAGUUGUUCAGAGAUUGGGCUCUGGUCCAGAGGAUGCCGAGCAAAUUAAAAACCAUAAUUUCUUCAAGCACAUUAAUUGGCAGGACGUAAUCGCUCGGAAGUUGGAUCCGCCAUUUAAACCGUCCCUCAAGAGCGCCGACGAUACGUCUCAAUUCGACGAACAAUUCACGGCAACUGUGCCGGUGGAUUCGCCGGUCGAGAGUACACUCAGUGAAUCUGCAAACCUGAUAUUUCAGGGUUUCACGUAUGUCGCGCCGAGCGUCCUGGAGGAGAUGUACGCGCAGCCAAGAGUCGUCAACGCUAGAAGUCCACGUAGAGGACUGUUGAAUAACACGGGUUUUGGUGCAGCCGCGAGUUUACAUGGCUUCUCUUCGCCCAGAACGAUGGACGUCCAUUUGCGUCCAUCGUUAGACCUCCAACAACAACAACACCAUCAACAUCAUCACCACCAUCAUCACCAUCACCACAGACAACAUAUGAUGGGCCCCAACAGCGUAGAAGAUACUGAAAUGGUUGAUCUCGGUCAGUUACCAAACCGUUUAUAGUGCCGUGAUUCACUGCACACAAACUAUUAGCUUUUUCAUGCAAAUUAGGGGACAAGAGCAACAUAGUCCACGUGAACCUGUUUGUUCGCCGAAUCGUUUCUUCACAUUCGUGUACGAUGACAAACAGAGGUUGCAAAAUACAUUUAGCAAAUUCAAUAAUAUGUAUAGCAAAAAGUAAGCACAGGGUGAGUUUGAGCUUCUUGAUAUCGCGAUAUUGUCUACACCUGUAAGCAAAUUUUUCUUAGAUUUUUAGCGAUUUCAAGACGGUCAAACGGGUUUUUUUUGUUGCAUCGAUGCGAGGGAGCAAAUAGUGUAUGUCUUUUCGCUAUGUAAAUACGUGCGGAUAAUUAAAAGCAAGUACGUUCUUAAUGAAACAUUUAUGAGCAGAAUGCAGUUCAAAUCUAAUAUCAUAAUAGUAAUAUAAAUAUCGCAAUCAUAUCGCUAACGUAGUUGACUAGCAUUCAACUGUUUCUAAUACACAUUAAUUUAUAUAAAGUGACGAUUGCUUUAGAGAGAUUGCUAUUAGAAUCAAGGGAAGAUAAUUUUUAUUUUCUUGUUUCAAAACAUUGUAUUCGAUUAAAUCUUUUGUUGUUACAUUGUGGUAAAGACUCUUGUAAUAGUUUUUUUAAUUUUAAUGCUUUGGUUAACAUUGCGACCGAUUUAUUUCAAGUAAAACACUGUGUACUUUAGAUAUGUGUGGGUUAGAAUAAUUUUCGAAAUUCUUACGAGAAUUUUUUCAAUUUUCAUACAAUAGAUGCCGAAGUAUGUAUGUAUGUAUGUAUGUAUGUAUGUAUGUAUGUAUGUAUGUAUGUAAGAGACACGCUCUAUUUUAACGCCGAUUCUCAUAAAAAUAAUUCUACAUUCCGGAUAUUAUAACGAUAAUUCGCACUUGUACAAGAUAGAACAUUGAAAAUUUAUUAAAGUAAGCAAAAGUAAAUAAAUCCACAAUUAUCUCUUGUUUUGUUAUUAUUAUUAGACGUGAUUGAUUCUAUUCUAUUGAAUAUAUAGUUUAUUUAACUAUAUUUAAAGAAAUCUGUCCUAAUAGAAUCAGAAAGGAAAACGGAAAUUCUCCAUGGUAUCAUAUAUAUAUAUAUAUAUAUAUAUAUAUAUAUAUAUAUAUAUAUAUGAAUAAGUUUGGUCCUAUUUAAUGCAAUAGUAUGUUGCAUUUUCAAGAAUAACAUUUCUUUAUUAUAAUUAAUUACAAUUGCUAUUUAAUAUUUGAAAAAUAUGAAUGUUUCAUAAUAUAAGCGAGUGUAUUCUCUUUUUAACUGUGCGUGCGUGCGCGCGCGCGUAUGAAUGUAUAUACACAGACACGUGUAUAUAAUAUAAACAUAAUAUAUAUAUAUAUAUAUAUAUAUAUAUAUAUAUAUAUCGAUCGUCUUGUUGCGUUUAUAAAAUAUAAUCAAAUAAUGGAUUAAUUGUAUAUAUAGCUGCCAAUCCAAUAACUUCCCAAAGUUAUAGCAUUAUAUCACAUUGAAAGUGUAAUCCAUUUGCAAGAAAAAUAAUCACGCAGAUUUCAAAGUGCCCAAGUGUUCAAAGCCAACGUGGCUAGUAUUACGUACACAAUAUACAUUCGUAUAUUAUACAUAUAAAAAUGUAUAUGCAAGAACGGAUUGUUACUAGCCGUGUAAGAAAUGAAAUAGAGUGAGAAAACUUGUACUAUGACUUAUUUGAAUGUAUACCGUACAAAAAAAAAAAAAUUGGUUAAUAUUUGUAAUACACACACAAACACACACACACACACACGCACA